UUUCUCCAUUUGAAUAAGAUGCUUAUUAUAGUAGUAAUGGACAUUUUAUUAUGAUUGGAUAAUUUACAAAAAAAAUUAUUAUUAUUAUUUUUUGAUUGGGGAAUCGAAAUAAUCCUAAACACUUUAUAAAAGCCCAUUAGAUUAGAAAGUUGACAAUAGUAAAACAAACAAUCAAAAAUUAUAAUCAAGUUGCCUCAACAACAAAAAAUAUAAAAAAAAUAAUAUUAAUAAUUUAUUCAAUUGAAAGUCUAUAGUUGGAUUAUAUUAUUUAAUAAAUAAAUAAUUUAUUAAAUCAUUGAAAUUUCAUUAAUCUAAUUAUAUUAAUUGAGGAUAAUAUCAUUAUGUCUGAAUAUUAUGAAGAUUCCUGAGUUGAAGGGACAGUCGUCUAAUGGUUCUCCAAGCAAAUUCUGUCUAUGAUGUCAAUCAUCAUCGAAAUUAAAAUAAUAUCCAUUGACCACCCAACUUUUUAUUUAAUUUAACUCAUUUGUUAACUGCUGACUCAUCUUCUUUGUUUUCAUUAGAAUAACUGGAUUUGUAUAAAACCGGUCAAUUUAAGAAGUUCAAUAAAUUAAAACUAUAAAGGAUAUACGGAAUUUCUGAAGGAAAAGUAAUAUCUGGAUAGUUAUGGCAAAACACUAAUAAUCUAUUUUGUAUUAGUCCUAAUGAACAUCUACUGAUAAUUUUAAGUUAAAAUUGUAGAAGUAACAAUCAUUAUUUAAACAAAUUCGAAUAAAAACAACUGGAUUACUCAGGUGAUUUUCAUUACAAACUGGUUACAACUGGAGAAUCAUUAUAAAUCAAGAACAACGCACACUGACAACAUUUAUGUGAAAUCGAACUUAGGAACUUUAGAUUUAGUACAAUUCGAUAGAUGAGUGAACAUCUAACAGUUCUUAUUGCUAACUUUAGUUAGUUUGCGACAUGAUGCUAUCCCGAUCCAAUGAUGUUCGGCGAUAAUUCAUGUGUACGUUGUCUACGUAGUUCACCGAUUGCAUCUUUAGUUGGUUUCAUUAUUGUAUUAUUGGGCGGUGGCGCUUUUGGUGGAGCAAUCAUUUUUGCAAGACGUUAUUUAAUUACACUUUUAAAUGCUCCUAAUCUAUUCCCUUACUUGGACUAUGCUAUUUAUGGUUUAGUCGGAGCAAUAGGAUUAUUCUCACUGUUAGCCUACUUACUAUGUGCUCUGUCUUCCGGUUGGAAUGCAAAACACUACUUUGAAAGUAGCCGAAAAGCAUGCUGCGGAAGAUGCUGUAAUAUGACGCUUAUCAUACUUUUAGUGACGGCUGUCAUAUUAUGGUCAGCUAUCGCAUGCCUAGUUAGUUACCCAGUCGUCAGUAUUGCGCUCUUGUUAUACCGAAAUGAAGGACCUAGUCGUUUACGACUAGCCUCUGUCGGACAAAUGACUUCAGCUUACCAUGAUGGUCAAGUGAAUUUUCUUAGUCCAAGCAGUAGUUAUACACGUGAAAUGUUCAAUACCAAUGGGAAAAUAAUAAAACGACGUGAUACAGAAGAAUGGUUUCCUAAUCAUCCUAGUGAUUUCGAUACAGAUGAAAGUACUAUUGCCAUACCGGAUGAUAUUCAAGAUAACCUUCAAACAGAUCCAUCUACUUUAAGCAGAGAUCUAACAGCUACGGUGACGAGUCCAAAAAUGGUCGAUCAGCCACCACCGGUGAUAAGUUCAUUUGUUGAUGACAAUUUACCAUCAUCGUCAAUACCAUCAAAAUCGUCUUUAAAACCUUUAUCAAAAAAAAUUAUAAAACAAGUAAUGAAUGAUGCUCUUAGUAUUCCAGAAUCUAUCAAAUUGUUUCAUCAAUGUAGUCAAGAGACAUUUGAUUUAUCUUAUUACGGUCUAUACGAUGCUAAUGGUUUACCGAUACAUAUUGCACGAGCUAAUUUCUCUGAAAGAAUAUAUGAUAUUUUAGUCUGUGUAAUUCUCGCUAUCGCUGGUAUAUUCCUAUUACUGUUCGGUUAUAUACAAAUAAUUAUUUGUACUGCUAUGAAUUAUGCUCGAAUGCAAGAGGCUAGAUAUUAUGAAACAUCUGAUGUUGGUGAAGAAGGUGUUGCAUUACAACAAUAAAAUACACUUCAUAAAAAUAAUUCUAUAAUUUCAUUAAAUAUAGUUCAUUAUGAUUUCAAUCAUAUUUACACUAUCCUUCAUAUAUACAAUUAUCUACUUUAAAAUUUACCAACAAUAUUAAUGCAUAAAUAUAGGAAAGAUUAUCAUUGCACAUUGUAUAGUUAUUUGAAUAAAAUAAAGAAUAAACACUUCCAAAAGACAGUUUUCUCAUGAACAAGAUAUCUCUAUUUAUGUUCCAGAAUAAUCAAUAUAAUAAUAACAAUCCUUCUUAUCAUUAACUUAUGUAAUAUCUCAUUAUUUACAUCCAAUUUUAUGUUUUUACUUUUAAAUUUAUCAUUAUUCAUGUUGUUCUUUUUUGUACUUGUGUUAUCUGUCAUGUUUGUUUGUUUUUCUCUUUUUAAAUAAUUAUCCAGUUGAAAAAGAAAGAAAAAAGAAAAUAAAGCAAACGAAACAUUAUUUAGUUGCUUAUUUUUUCUUCUCUGUUCAAUCAUUCCAUAGCUUUUCAUCAUUUACCAUCUAAAUAUUAUUUUCUGUUAGAUAAUCAAAAGAAACAAAAAACUGUUCAUCAUUUGAAAAUCUAUACGCUACAUUUUAAUUAUUUAAAUGACGUUCAAUGUUUCAAUUUUAAGAGAAAAUAAAAAAAGAGGGAGAAUGAUUUAAUGAUAUUUCCGCUUUUUUAUUGGAAUUCAUCAAAAUGUAUUGCUUAACGCUUUAAUUCAUUUUACUUUAUUUAUAUUAAUUAAAUAAUCAACAUUUUAGUAACAGACGAAUACAUAUAAAAAGCUUCUUUAAUAUGUUCGAUAUAUAUAUAUAUAUAUAAACAUAGUUUUGUAUUCAACAUAUGAAUGUUUAUUUUUACCAUUUCAUUGUUUUGUUCUUUUACUGAUAAACAAUUAAUCAAUAAUAAUUCUUAAUUAUAACUUUUUAUUUACACAAGUUUAAAGUUUCAGAAUUUGAUUUUUUUGGUUUUGUUCUGUUGUUGUUGUUGUUGUUGAGUUUUUCAUAUAGUUGAAACAAUAAUCAAUGAUAUUCAACCGAUGAAUGUUUAAUUAUUAAUGAGAAUUAAAUACAUAUGAAGUUUGUUUCAUAUUAUUCCUCAUUCCCUCUCUUACUAUGUGUGUUUGUGUGUUUUCUUUUAUUUUUUACUGUGCUUGUUUAUUUUAAUUGAUUAUUUUCUAUAAAUUUUUGUUGUUUUUUAUAAGAAUAUUAUUAUUACUAUCAAUGAUAACAAUAAUAAUAAUAAUAGCAAUGAAAUCAGAA